GGGAACCAAACUAUAGCCGCUCAGGGAAGGGGGAAGCUACGGGAAGCUGGGAAGGACAAAUAAGAGCGUUCCUCUUUGGGACUGGCGGAGAACGUGGAGGCGGAGCCAAAGCUCUAUCACAUGUCUUGCAGCCACAGAAAUGGCCGGAGAGGAGCUGAUCUCUGAGGAGUCCGUGGUUGUGACUGAGUUCAUGCGAAACACGGAGAGUCCCAUAUUCGUGCCGGGCCCAAACCGCCAAAGGAGGCGACCCUCCGCCCGGCCCCAGGACGAUUUCAUCUGCUCCUUCCCGGAUUGCGACGCCACGUACGACAAAGCCUGGAAGUUGGAGGCCCACCUUUGGCGGCACACAGGGCAGCGCCCCUUUGUUUGUGAUUUUGAAGGCUGUAAUAAAGGCUUCACUAGAUAUUUCCAUCUCAAGCGCCAUUUUCUUACGCACACUGGAGAAAAGGAAUUUAUGUGCAUAGCAUAUGGGUGCAACAAAAGAUUUACGACAAGGUCAAAUUUAAACAAGCAUAUUGAACGUAGGCAUCAACAAAGGCAGUUUGUAUGUGACUUUGAAGACUGUGGGGAAUCUUUUAAAAAACACCAGCAGUUAAGAGUUCAUCAGGCUCAACACACCAGUGAACCGCUGUUCAAAUGUAUCCAUGAAGGAUGUGGAAAAUCCUUCUCUACACCUGGCCAUCUAAAACGUCAUGAGAAGACCCAUGAAGGAUAUCUGUGCAGAAAAGAUGGUUGUUGGUUUAUUGCAAACACUUGGUCAGAGCUCCUGAAACAUAUGAAAUAUGAACAUGUGGAACCAGUCAUUUGUAAUGUGUGUUUCAAAGAAUUCCGCCGCAAAGAUUACCUCAAAGCCCACCAGAAAACUCAUGACACAGACAGAGAGGUACUAAAAUGUCCAAGAGAGGGCUGUGGAAGAACUUACACAACCUUGUUCAACCUUCAAAGCCAUAUUGCUUCAUUUCACGAGGAGAAGAGACCAUUUGUCUGCGAACAUCCUGGCUGUGGAAGGCUUUUUGCAAUGAAACAAAGUCUCAUGAGGCAUGCUGUGGUACAUGACCCUGACAGGAAGAAGCUGAACAUAACACCUAAAAAAGAGCGUCCUAAGCGGAGCCUGGCUUCUCGCCUCAGUGGAUACAUCCCACCUAAAGCACCACGGAAAAGUCCAUCAUCCGCAGAAGAGACUUUGACUACACCUGCAGAGAACCAAACGCUGCCUACUGUGGAAACACUGUCCCUAGACUAGAACUUAAGAUGAGCCUGAAUGAUGGCUUUGUGUAUUUCAGGGUUUGGGUAGUUUUAUGAAGCAGUUGUGUUUGGCAGGUUUUGUUGUGGGAUAAGUACAGGAAACUGAAUUUGCUUUGAGGUCUUUUAUUUUUUUCCACUUUGGGAAAGUAAUUAAAUCAUUGCUUGAGAACAUCUGACUCUGUCUCCUUUCCACUGUCGUCCUGCACUUUUUCUUUCUUCUCCUUCUUGUACUUGUGCAUUUCUUUGUCCGACAUGUGUCUCAAGACACAUGUACUCCUUCCUCCUUUAACAACGCGGGGCUGGGAAAGGUAAGUAGCUUUCUCAGGCAUUGUCUCCAAUAUCCGAUCAAAGAACACUAACUGAAAAUAGAAAGAGCUUGGCAUUAUUAAUCACGCUAGAGUCUAGGGAUGUGAAUGCACUGAUUGUUGUGGUUCAGUCUGUGAAGUGGUUUGGUUGGAUCGACUGGCCAGUCCAUUUGAUCGAAUCGGUUCAAGGGGUUAUGCUUGUAAAGGGGGAAUCCAGUGAGGAUUCCCCUUUAUAAGCAAAGGGGAAUCCUGCUUUUAAAAGGCUACUAAGGAUGGCCAGGGGAACGGCGAGAGAGACCUUGAAAAGUUGGUCUUUACCGAUCCUCUGGUGGUGGCAGUGGAGUUCCAGUCUCUGCAGAGGCCAUUUGCCUGGCCUGUGUAGAUGCAAAGUGCUGGAGAGAGAUGGAGAGUUGCCGUAGCAACUAUGCAUGGAAUGUUGGGAGGAGGGUUUUGACUAAGUCAGUUGGUGACAUUUAGGUACUGAGUAGGACUUGGGAACAGAAAACUCUAGCUUAUACCUAUGAGAUAUAUUUAGAAAGGAAGUCAGCUGCUAGACUCAAUACAGUGUAUCUUGACCUAUUUGGCAACAUUGUAGUGAAGUUUAUGUGCCCUGCUUUGCAGAGAUCCUUAUUUCCAUUCUUUGGUAAACAAUAAACUUGUUUUCACACUUUAA